AUGAACGCCAAGUUGGAUCAAUGGCACGGAGAACAGAAUGUUACGUUUCAAGCAAAAUUCGAAACCUACAAAAAUCAAAUGGAAACAUCCAAGGUUAUCCUAUCCUACUCACACUGGGUCAUGAGUGAGCGUCUCCGUGUGGAAGAUCCACAACUCUAUAACACUUGGUACCAUGAAAUGCAAUCCACGGGCAUCGAAACGCCUGUUCCCAAAUCAACAAGCUCUGCCGUUGAACAACAUGCUCAGCGUAUUACACAUGUAUUGAAACGCGCAGCUGAACACAAUGUCGAUUUUGAUGCUUCCCCACCACGUAAGCGCCCUUCUUUCAUGAUCGAUGACAUCCUAGGACCUUCAACAAGCAUGCAACCGGUAUCCGCCAUUACAUCUUCGGAAAUACAAGACAUAGUUGAUACCCUACCGCCACAAUUAACACUUAUCCCAGAUGAGCUAUUACAUGAAGCAUCACAAACAGCUGAAUCUGACAAUACGUUUGUACAAGAUAUAGUCCAAUGCAUCAACUCCACCGACAACCUGUGGACCUUCAUAUAUCGCGGUCCAGAACCUGUUAUCUUGUCAAACCAUCGUAGUAAGGCAAUGCUAAUAAAACACGACGACCACUACCACGUCGUUUUUCAAUCUCUGCCACAGCACCUUAACCGAUCGUUACAACACACUCUACAGGCCUUAUCCAUACCUCCAUCCAGUAUGUUUGAUAUCCUAACUACAAUACAACCAAUUAUUGACUGGUACAGAUUCGCACCAUACUUCGCACGUUCCGGAUGCAGUGUCCAACUUAUCGGUAAUAAGCUCCAACCUCUGGCCUCCCAUACUGAACUAACACCGGUUGACCAAAAAGGCUGUGCACAAUUCAACCGAGAUUCUCGACGUAUAGAACUCCAAAAAGCAAAGCGCACAAAAUGUACUGAGCUCCUCGAUAAAUUAAUUGACACACACCGAUGCACCCACAUUAAGGAUCUGAAACGGCAUAUCACACGAAAACAGCGCCUAACCCUAUACGCAGAAUUCGGAAUCCAGUGGGAGAGAACGGCUAAACAAUGCAUCGAAGCAUACAACGUGGAAUUACUGAAUAGGCAAACGAAUAUCUCCUUUGAGGAAUAUAUCAUGGAGAAUAAUCAUUAUAAUGUGUGCACACACCCGCAAGAUCGUUCCACUACUUUCUUUGACGAUUUAUUAAGAGUGAACAAUAUCGAUAAGGACGCAUUUUGUACUGCUAUACACGAAAUCAUGAAUAAGAAGAUUGAUCAGCUCAACACCUUUUGCAUCGAAGGACCCACUACAACUGGCAAAUCUCUACUUUUGAAACUGAUAUCCCAAAACUACCACUGCGGGACUGUUCAAAUGUCUGGAGAUCACUCGCGAUUUUUUCUUCAAAACUUGGUAGAUAAGGCCGUCGCGCUCAUGAAAGAACCCCGCAUUACCAUAAAAACGGUCAAUGACUUUAAAGCACUCCUCGGUGGUAAUACAUUUGACAUUCACGUGAAGCAUUCACCUGAUGUGACGUUACUACGUGUGCCAGUACUGAUUUCAACCAAUCGUAGUCUCGGAAUGGACAUCACAUCUGUCGACGCCGCCGCUAUAUAUGAGUGUUGCCACAAAUUCAAAUUCAAUGUACGUGUAGGCUGUCGGGAACUGCCCGAACCACCGACCACCUUUUGUGCUUGCCAUUUUUCUUUCUGGUAUGGCAACUGGUGGCAAACGAAUCGCGGUCGAUUCGACAUCUGA